AUAUUUAUUAAGCCUUCUUUUUUCUAUCUACCCCUUUUUCAAUUCUUAUUAUCGGUAUUCAUUCAUUCAUUCAUUCGCCUCUUUCAGUAAGCACACCCACCAGAACUUCCAAGAUUAAAAUGGACUAUGAAGAGGGCCAACAUGUUCAAAAGCCAAAAUACGAAUGCCUUCUCUUAGAUGUUGAUGACACCCUUUAUGCAAAGUCAUCUGGUAUAGCUGUUGAAUGCAUGAAGAAUAUUGAGGAAUAUAUGAUCAACAAGCUUGGCAUAGUGGACAAUGUCCGGGAAUUGUGUGCUAAAUUGUAUAAGGAAUAUGGGACGACAAUGGCGGGUUUAAGGGCUAUUGGCUAUAAUUUUGACUAUGAUGAAUACCACAGUUUUGUUCAUGGGAGAUUACCUUAUGAGCUUUUGAAACCGGACCCAGUCUUGAGAAAUCUUCUCCAUAGCAUUUCCAUCCGGAAAGUUAUCUUCUCGAAUGCAGAUAAAAAACAUGUUGCCAGAGUUAUUAGUAGGCUUGGAAUAGAGGACUGUUUCGAUGAUUCGAUUUGCUUUGAGAGUCUUAAUCCUCCUGCUGCUAAGGGUGUUGCCAAAACUGAAGAUCAAAUCAAAGAUGAUUCUCACAAGCCCAACCCAAUGCUUCCAAGUACUCCGGUUAUAUGUAAACCGUUUGAGGAUGCAUAUGAACAAGCUUUUAAGAUAGCUAACAUCAACCCUCAAAAAACAAUAUUCUUCGAUGACAGCAUCCGAAAUUUGCAGACUGCAAAAAGCUUGGGCCUCCACACUGUUUGGGUGGGUUCUUCUCAAAGAACAAAUGGGGUUGAUCAUGCUUUAGAAAGCAUACAUAAUAUGAAGGAAGCAUUGCCUGAGCUUUGGGAAGCUAUUGAAAGAGAUAUUAUGCCUUGCUCAGAAAAAGUUGCUGUUGAAACCUAUGUUGGGGCUUAGCAAACAUAUCAUAUUAUUAACAUUAGAAUCAAUGAUUUUUGAUUAUUAAGAUUUUAUAGCUAGAAAAAUCCUCUAGUUAAUCUAAUGUUUGGAUUUAUUUGGAUGA